CUCCUCCAGCCGCCCGUCCGUCCGUCGCGCGCCUCCAGGAAAUGGAGGCUGCGCGGCGGAGACGAGAGUGUAGCUGCCGCGACACGAACUGGGAGGAGAGAAGCAGCGAGUAGCGGCAGCGACAGGGCGACGACUUCCAGCAGCACUUUGAGCACAAAGGCUUCGUGCACCCGAAGAUGAGCGACGCAGGUCAGGCCAAAGUGGAACUUUUUGUCAAGGCGGGCAGCGAUGGCCAAAGCAUCGGAAACUGUCCUUUCUCCCAGCGUCUCUUCAUGGUGCUGUGGCUGAAAGGAGUCACCUUUGACGUGACCACCGUGGAUAUGAAGAGGAAGCCGGACAUCUUGAAGGACCUGGCUCCUGGCGCUCAGCCUCCCUUCCUGUUGUACGGCAGCGAGGUGAAAACCGACACCAACAAGAUCGAGGAGUUCCUGGAGGAAAGCCUCUGCCCUCCAAAAUAUCCCCGCCUGGCCGCUCGUAACCCAGAGUCCAACACAGCGGGCAUGGACGUCUUCUCCAAAUUCUCCGCCUACGUCAAGAACUCAAACCCUCAGACCAACGAAAAUUUGGAGAAAGGCCUGCUGAAGGCUCUGAAGAAGCUGGACGACUACCUCGGCUCCCCGCUUCCUGACGAAAUCGACGAGAAUAGCGCAGAUGAGGUCACUUCCUCCUCCCGCCCCUUCCUGGAUGGCCAAGAGCUUACUCUGGCCGACUGCAACCUGCUGCCUAAGCUCCACAUCGUGAAGGUGGUGUGUUUGAAAUACCGAAAAUUCAGCAUCCCGCAGUAUCUGUCGAACCUCUGGAGGUACCUGAACGCGGCGUACGCGCGUGAAGAGUUCGCCUCCACCUGCCCAAUCGACGACGAGAUCCACAUCGCCUACUCCUCUGUCGCCAAAGCUCUCAAGUAGGAGGACCGCGGGACGCACCAGUCACAAACGCACCGGCAGAACGACACACGAAAGCACAAACACGCAACAACAAGCAUUCAAUCUGCGAGGCAAUGUGAUCGAUCCGUUUCUCUGCCCUGAGCUGCUCUUGAGCACUGCAGGAGUCUGUCUUUAUAUCUGUGUAGUCGCUCCGUGCGACUUUAACAGAUGAUCUCAACUUUUAUGAUUUUAAAUGAUUCUGAUAAUGGUUUAUCGCCGUCCUACAGUAGGUUUGUAUGUGUUGUUUUUUAAAUUUUUUAUAAAAGGGAUAUUAUUGUUGGCCUCAAGGAAACACGGCAGCACAGGAGUCAGAAUAACUGAUUCAUAAACAAACUCAAGUUCAAUCGAGAUUAAAUUUAUUUAGCUGUUAGUAGUAUUGUUGGUCAUCAUUGUUUUCCCCUGUACAACUCCUCGAUCACGUUGCUUGCAGACCUUCGCUGACAAACACAUUUCACGCAUUUGAAAACUACAGCCUUGCCUGUGCACGUUCUCACCAUCAGCAGAUUCUGCACACUGUAACAUUGGUUACUCGCUCCCUUCUUGGCUUCACGAUAUUCUUGAUAUUUUUAUUUCAUGAAAGGGAGAAUUAAACCGCUGCCUACGAGAUCAAACUUCCACUAGUACCUCGCAAGCCUCACACAAGCUCAUUCAGCUUUCAUUUUCAGUCCCAGCACCAGCUCACCUGCCAAAGUGUCUUUUGUGGUUUGUCUGUAAUCACAGACGCUUCACAUAAUGAGGAUAUGAUUCACAGAGGGAACAAGGCCUUGUACAGUCAUUAUUCAAAACCAACUUUCAUUAAACCGUAUGAGCAUUUUAUUCUUCGUAGCUCCACCUCAGAGAGGAAACGGGGGUGGCAGACCGGCGCUCGCGCUAGGGAGGCAGAGCUGAAAACGGUUAUAGAGACAGGAAGCCAUUUCAAUAGACACAGGCUUCCUCUUUCUGUGCUCCCACAGCAGGCGCAGAGGAUUAUUCAAGAUUACCGAGCUUGUUUGUGAUCUGUUGUAAGAGCCUCUUGCCAACAGUUAGUUCUGCUCUGCCUGGGAUGUAUGAAGGAUCUUUUUUUUUUUACUGUAUUGUCCCUAAAAAUGAAGGAGAUCAGGCUAAGAGGUUUUUAUACCUGCUGAAGUCUUCAAUUUAAGAACUGUCGUCGUGCAGUAGCUCGAGGCACGAGGACUGUGUCUGACGCAUGUUUCUCACGGGGAUAAAAAAAACUGUAGGAUGUAAAACAUGCAUGAUGUUUGAAAUGAAAAUAGCAUCUGUAGCUUCAUUUUAGGUUCGUAUUACUUCAAAGAUGAGGCUCUUUUUUUAUUCUACUUUCUUUAUUAUCAGCAAAUCCCACGAAAAGACCAAAACCAACAACAUGUGCUCGUCUCUCUCUGGACAUUCUGUUCAGAGCUGUAAUAUGUAGACAAUCAAUCGAUCAGUCGAUUGGAUAAAAAUUCACCCAGCAACUAUUUUGAUAAUCGUAAAAUAGUCACAGAUAUUAUUCAAGUUAAAAAAAAACCUGCAGAACUUUGCUGCUAAAAUGUCGAUAACUGUCGGACGGGUUGCCAUUAAAUGUUGUACAGACAUUUUUGUUUUUUCAACAACUAUUGGAAUUCGUCGCCCCAUGACAUUUUUGGGUUCAGACAUUCAUAAUAUUCCAGCCAGUGUUCUUUCUAAUGGGAUCUGUUGACAAUAAGGAGAAUAUAGGAAUAUCACUAGGCUUUGGAUAUUUCACUGACAGUAAUAACACACUUGUUUGGAGGUUUUUGUACACAUUUUUGCCGUCGGCCUCUCUCAGAUCAGGGUGAAGCUCAUUAAAAGAAAUGAAACCUAAGUGCAAUUUAAACUGAUUUGAAAAGACAAUCUGGUGCACACAGACUUUUUCUAUAUUAGAUAUCUGGCGUGAGCAGUCGGUUAUUUUCUUUCCCCCCUGAGGUUUAAUCCUGCCACGUGUAAUUCAAGUGUUCAAUCAAAGAGACGAUAUAUCAAACUUGACUGAAUUGUCGUUAAAUUUCAUCCAUUUAAAACUGGACUUAUUUUUUUAAAGGGAUCGUGUCUGAGUAAUGAUGUAUUUUAAUAUUUCUUCUCUGCAACAUGAAGAGUUUUUCACUCUCUUACUGUAGGUAACUUCAUACAGUUUCAGGGACCGUUUAACUUAUAUCCAUUUGAAAUGUUGUUUUCAUUAGUUUGUUUUUCACUUCACAGUUUUUAGGUCUUUCUUUUCUUUUCUUUUUUUUUGUUAAAUCUUCAUUUAUGGGACCUCUAUUGUGCUUUUCACGUAUUUUCCUGCCGCUCUGCAUUUCCCCUCAAAAUAUUUAGCCUUUUGUUAUUUUGUCUCUCAUCAAACUGUUUGCUAUCUAGUCUGAAGCAGUUGCACUUACAAGUCCACAGCAAUCGAAGCAGCGGAGUGGACACGAAAACAGUAGAUUUAAAACCAACAAUGAAAACAAUCUAAACUAAAUAGCAAAGUACAGAAAUGUAUUUUAUACUUUAAAGCUCUUAAAAAGACACAUUUACUCAAUAAAAAUAUCUUGAAUUAAAAAAAAAAAAUCAAACCAUGA